AUGGUAAUGUAAGGGAAUUAGUUGAGGGGUUGGAUAUAUAAAAAAGUUGGGGGAAGAAUUUGUGCGUGGAAAAUUUUUGAUAGGACUUUUUUGCCUAGAAAGAACACAAACAUCCGGUAUUCCGUGCAUACCAGUGUGUCCAUUGGAAGCUAAAGCAGUGUCCCAGUGUCGAAAUAUGCACUUCUAUGUCUAGCCACCCGGAAAGAACGCAGAGAGAAAGUAUCACAAGUGGCGGCGGCAGGAAGCAGCAGCGAGAGAAUCAACGAGACUCAGCUCCACCGGCCAAGAGGCACAGGAUGAAUGCUAAGGCGGAGAGUGGGCAGGAGGAGAAGCGAGCCAAUUUCUCCGCCCUCGGCAAUUCCAACGGGGCGCUCCUCAAGAUGCCAUCCAAUAACCAGGCUGCCAAGCCGGGUGACAUCAAGAAGCUCGUCAUUAAGAACUUCAAAAGUAAGCCCGUUCUUCCGGAAAACUACCAAGAACGUACAUGGGAGAAGCUGGAGAAGGCCGUUGUGGCCAUUCAGACGUCAAAAUCCAUCGCCUACUCACUUGAGGAGCUCUAUCAGGCCGUUGAGAAUCUCUGCAGUCACAAGAUGGAUUCGCAGCUGUACAGCAAAUUGUACGCCCUCACGGAGGCCCAUGUCAAGUCCAACAUUGAGCCCUUUCUCGCGGACACCAUGGAUAAGUUGGUGUACCUGAAGAAGAUGAAUGCCUGCUGGCAGAGUCACUGUCAACUCAUGAUAAUGAUCCGGAGUAUCUUUCUCUACCUGGACCGGACGUACGUGCUGCAGAACCCAACGGUUCACUCAAUUUGGGAUAUGGGCUUAGAUCUCUUCCGGAAACACAUUGCUCUCAAUAUUCUCGUGCAAAAGCGCACCGUGGACGGGUUGCUGAUUCUCAUUGAGAAGGAACGCACCGGGGAUGCUGUGGAUAGGACGCUGCUGAAGAAUUUGCUGCGAAUGCUGUCGGAUUUGCAAAUCUAUCAGCUGGCGUUUGAGGAUAAAUUCCUCGUGGCCACGCGACAGCUGUACCAGGCUGAGGGGCAGCGGAUGAUGCAGGAAUUGGAUGUGCCGGAGUACCUUCAGCAUGCGGAUAAGAGGCUGGCCGAGGAGAAUGAGCGAUUGCUGCACUACCUCGAUCCCAGCACGAAGCCACAGCUUAUCUACACGGUGGAGAAGCAGCUGCUGAGUGAACAUCUCACGGGAAUCCUGCAGAAGGGUCUGGAUAAUUUACUCGAGGAGAAUAGGCUGUCGGACCUGCAGUUGCUCUAUUCGUUGUUUUCGCGCGUGAAGAAUGGCACAGCUGAGUUGUGCUCCAACUUUAAUCAGUACAUCAAGAAGAAGGGACGCACAAUUGUCAUUGAUCCCGAAAAGGAUAAGAGUUUAGUGCAGGAUCUUCUGGAUUUUAAGGAUAAAAUGGAUAACAUCGUCAACUCAUGCUUUGAGCACAACGACAAGUUUGUAAAUUCCCUCCGGGAAGCCUUUGAGUUCUUCAUAAAUCAGCGUGCGAAUAAACCCGCAGAGCUAAUUGCCAAGUAUGUGGAUUUGAAGCUGCGGGCAGGCAAUAAGGAGGCAACGGAGGAGGAGCUGGAACAAAUCCUCGACAAAAUAAUGGUUCUCUUCCGCUUUAUUCAUGGCAAGGAUGUCUUUGAGGCAUUCUACAAGAAGGACCUGGCAAAGAGACUUCUCGUGGGGAAAUCCGCAUCCGUUGAUGCGGAAAAGAGCAUGCUGUCGAAGCUAAAGCAGGAAUGCGGCGGGGGAUUCACGUCAAAACUCGAGGGGAUGUUUAAGGAUAUGGAGCUGAGUAAGGACAUCAAUAUUGCAUUCAAGCAGCACCUCGUGGGCCAAGAGAAGGACUACAACACCAGCAUUGAUCUCACCGUGAAUAUCCUUACGAUGGGCUAUUGGCCAACGUAUCCAAUUAUGGAUGUCACGAUGCCGCCACAGCUGGUUGCCCUACAGGGGCUCUUCAGCAAAUUCUACUUGGCAAAGCACAGUGGGAGGAAGCUUCAGUGGCAACCCACAUUGGGUCAUUGUGUCCUCAAGGCGGUCUUCGAUCAGGGCCCAAAGGAUCUGCAGGUGUCACUCUUCCAGGCACUCGUGCUGCUGCUCUUCAACCAAAAGGACACAUUGGCCUUCGAUGAGGUCAAAACACUCUCCAACAUUGAGGACGGUGAACUGAGGCGAACCCUACAGAGUUUGGCUUGUGGCAAGGCGAGGGUCAUCACGAAGAUACCCAAAGGCAGAGAAAUUGAGGAUGGGGAUAAAUUUCAGUUCAACAACGAAUUCACAAAUAAACUCUUCAGAAUCAAAAUCAAUCAGAUUCAAAUGAAGGAGACUACUGAGGAACAAAAAGCAACAGAGGAGAGAGUCUAUCAGGAUCGGCAGUAUCAGAUUGAUGCAGCCAUAGUUAGGAUUAUGAAAAUGCGAAAGACCCUCAGCCACAAUCUUCUCAUCAGCGAACUCUACAAGCAGCUCACGUUCCCGGUCAAACCGGCCGAUUUGAAGAAGCGCAUUGAGUCUCUCAUUGAUCGGGACUACAUGGAGCGCGACAAGGAUAAUCAGAAUCAAUAUAAUUACGUCGCCUAAGAGAUUGCGCUGCGUCUCAUUGAGAAAAAAAGAGAAAAUUGUGAGAUUCAUGUGUGUGCUGAAAAAAAAUCCCAAUUAAUAGAACGUGAAGAGUGUGAGAGAGAGAUAAAAAUUCUUUUGACCCCCAAAACAGGCGCGUGCCGCUUCCCAUCCUUGAGUUUCCAUGCCCCAAACUACCCCAUAUAGAGAGAGUCCAAUAUUGAGAAUUUCUGAAAUGACCGCAUUCGUGGGAAUGUUGGACGGCGUAAUGUCAUAAUAAUUUACAAUUUAUUAUAGAAGAAACACGAAAAUAAUAUUUACAAAAAGAGAGAGGAUUCGAUGAUGUGUUGUAAAUAAGUUGCCACGCGAUUUUGUAGAGUUCUGUGCCCAUUUUUUUCCUCCUAAAAUUUUCAGUUUUCUGCCCCCACUUCCUGUUUUUUGAUAAAUAAAACAAAACCUAGAAUUUAAAAAA